AUGGCUCCUCCCGCCGCGGUUCAAGACGAUUCUCACCAGAGGCUGCUGGACGAGCUCGACAUCGCCCGCAGCCCGAAGCCGUUUCGCAACCCGCACUGGAAGCCAUCCGCACGGCGCAACAAGAACGUCAAGCAGAUCGUCUCUGAGUCCUCGAGAAAGGAAGCCUCUGCAGUCGCCAGCCAGACCAACAGCGGCAGCUCCACGCCCUUCGCGAUAGCCACCGGCUCAGCAGGAACAGGAGCAACAGACGGAGCGCAGACGCCGCUCGUUGCAUCUACGGCCGCUUCUCACGCGCAUCAGGCCAGCUCGAAACAGCCAAACAUCGCCCAGGCUGCGCAGAGCCUCUCGACUCUCGUGCUGGAGAAGAACUUUCGAUCCGUCGUUCCUCCUACAGGCCCAGCUGUGACGUAUACCAACAUCGAGUCGGCUCCCUCCCUGCAUCCCAGCCAUCAGAAACGGUAUUGCGAUAUCACCGGCCUUCCUGCUUCGUACACCGACCCCAAGACGAGACUACGGUACCACGACAGGGAGGUUUUUGGGGUGAUCAGGUCGUUGGGGCCCGGAGUUGCAGAGAACUACCUGGAGGCACGGGGAGCUCAUACUGUUCUCAAGUAG